AUGUCCUUACUUCAGCAUGCAGCUUACAGAGGAAAUAAAGACAUGUGUCGAAUGCUACUUGAUCACGGUGCGGAUGUGAACGAGACGAAGCACAUUCACAAUUACACAUGCCUUCACUUUGCGGCUCUUUCGGGAAAUCGUGAUGUGGUGCAGAUGAUGCUGGAAGCCGGAGCCGACCCUGAUGCCAUGAACAGCAUCAAUCGAACUCCGGGCCAAAUGGCAGCCUUUGUUGGCCAUCAUGCAGUGGUGGCUUCCAUCAACAACUUCAUCCCUAAGUCGAUGGUAGAGUACUACACAAAACCUCAAGGCUUGGAAAAAGAUCCCAAGAUUCCACCAAUUGCUGCUCCUGCUCUUCAUUCAUAUCUCAUUCAG